GGGGGCUACGGCUUGUGGCAAGAGUACUCUGUCGGGAACGUGCCAGAGUACCAGGCCGAGUCCCUGUGGCAACAGGAGGCGGAUGGCGAAGGCAUGGCGGAGGUCCACGUCUUCGGGCCCGCGGGCGAGCAGGUCCCCGCGGCACUGACCACGUUCGCGCAGGCGUCCGUGCUGUUCCCCGAGCAGCUGGUACAGGGGCUGCAGGCGGCGGGCUUCGUCGCCCCGACGCCCAUUCAGGCGCACACCUGGGCCAUCGCCGCGGCCGGCAGGGACCUGAUAGGCAUCGCCAAGACCGGCAGCGGGAAGACGCUGGCGUUCCUGCUGCCCGCCUUCGUGAAGAUCCUCCAGGCGUGGCCCCGCACCCCCUACCUCUGCGCCCUCGCGCCCACGCGCGAGCUGGCGUGCCAGAUCGAGUCCGAGGCCCACAAGUUCGGGACGCUGUCGGGCAUCCGCACGGCCUGCUGCUACGGCGGGGCGCCGCGGGGCCAGCAGCUCGGCGCCCUGCGGCGCGGCGCCCAGAUCGUCGUGGCCUGCCCGGGCCGGCUGAACGACUUCAUCCAGAGCCGCGCCGUCGACCUGAGCAGGGUGGGCUACCUGGUGCUCGACGAGGCAGAUCGGAUGCUGGAUAUGGGCUUCGAGCCGCAGAUCCGGCAGAUCAUCGCGGCGAUCCCCUCCCCGAGGCAGACGCUGCUCUUCACGGCGACCUGGCCGAAGGAGGUCCGGUCGCUGGCGAGCGAGUUCUUGACGAAGCCCUUCCAUGUACAGACGGGCACCGUCGACGCGCUGACGGUCAACAAGGACAUCGAGCAGCACGUCAUCUUCGUCCAGUCGGAGCAGGAGAAGACGCCGCAGGUCGUGCAGAUCCUGCAGGGCAUCCCGCGGGGGUCCCGCUGCCUCGUCUUCUGCGAGACGAAGCGCACGACCGAGAUGCUCAACUCCGAGCUCGUGCAGCGCUGCGGAGUGUCCAGCGUGAGGAUACACGGCGACAUGGCUCAGUACGAGAGGACAGCCGCGCUGGAUUCCUUCAAGAACGGCCGGAACUGUGUCAUGGUGGCCACGGACGUGGCGGCCCGCGGCAUCGACGUCAAGGGCGUCACCGUGGUGAUAAACUACGACGCGUCGGGCUCGGCGAAGGACUACGUGCACCGCAUCGGUCGCACGGGGCGCGCGGGGAACAAGGGUGUCGCCUAUUCCUUGCUGCUCCCCUCGGAGGACAAGAAGGCGCAAGACAUCAUCCAGGUCCUCCAGCGCAGCGAGCUCCCGGUGCCGCCGGAGCUCCAGGCCCUCGUCAGGCACAGUCGCCCUGGCGGCAAGGGCAAGGGCCGGGGCAAGGGCCGGGGCAAGGGCGGCUCCAAGGGCCGCCCCAAGGGCGGCGGCGGCGGCUUCCACGGCGGCGGCGGCUGCCAGGGCGGCGGCGGGGGCGGCGGCUUCUCGGGCGGCGGCGGCCGGUGA